UGACCAAUCAUCGAUUGUUCUCCUUAUGAUCGAAGAAUAAUCGACUGUGAUUGGUUAAUUUGCCUACUGCAGUCUAUUACAACCUCAAUGUAGAAUGACCUUUACUGCUUACGCUUAGAACCUUAUUCUUGCAGCCAGUAGAUGGGCCUUGAAAGUUCUCUAGUAGGCUUAACCUAACUUUUUACCUCUACGGGACAGUAGUUUUCAUUUAUUAUUGGCAAUGAAUAUUUUACCAAAGAAAAGGUGGCAUGUCCGAACGAAAGAGAAUAUCGCUCGUGUACGUCGGGAUGAAGCAAAAGCUGCGGAAGAGGAGAAGAUUAAACAGGCGCGAAUUCAAAAAGCUGAAACAGAAGCAAAAGUAAAUUUGUUACGGCAUCAAGCUAGAUCCAAAUAUGACGGUCGUGUGGAAACUAAUAUUAGUAGUACAAAAUCAGAGCAUGUCAACUUUUUUGUUGACUUAGAAGAUAAUAAGAUUGACUAUAAUAGGCCAAAUAUUGAACAUGAGAAAGAGAAGAAAGAAGAAAAGGAAAAAUAUGAGAAACAAAUUGGUUACUUAACAUAUUUAGGGCAAGAUACAAAUGAAGCAUUAGGAAAGAAGAAUUGGUACGAAGAAUUACCAAAAAGAAUGAUGGAUACAGACAAGAAUAUAGAAAUAGAAACAAAGAAAAAAACUUUGAUAGAUCCAAUGGUUGACAUAAAAAGAUAUUUGACUGUUACGCAUUCAAAAUCAACCAAAGAUCAACCAACAGUAAAGACAGAAGCUGUUAAACGAAAAUAUGAUACUGAUGACUCUUAUUCUAAUCAGAAGAGUCAUAGUCCACACAAGAAACAUAAAAAGGAUAAGAAAUAUAAAAAACACAAAAAAGGAAAGAAUAAAGAAUCUGUCAAGAAGGAAGAAGUUAAAAGCGAAAGUAAUAUAAAUAUAGAGCAAUUGAGAGCAGAAAGAUUGUUGAGAGAACAAAGUGAAAAACUAAGAACCAAUGCCUUAAUGGCCAAAAUAAGAGGUGAUCCAGUAUCUGUUGUAGCAUCUGAAACUCCUAAACCUACAAUAAAACAAAAAUAUAAUUCACAAUUCUUUCCUGAAAUUGCUAGACAAAAUAUGGAGAGAACACCCAAACAUGCGUGAUUUGACAUAUAUAGGCUUUUUGAAAGUAACUUAUAUUU